CGCCCGCCCGCCCCCUGACCCCUGACCCCGCGCCCGCCUCGCUCGUCACCUCCGGGCAAGAUGGCGCUGUCCACGCCGCUGCUGGCAGUUCGAGGCUCUGAAGGAAUCUAUAUGCUCAAUGGCCCCCCGACAAAUACAGAAAACACCUCUUUCACAAGAGAUGACAAGAAAAAUUGCAAAGGCUUCAUUUUCAGCAGAGAUGGUUCAUUGUUCGCUUGGUGCAAUGGGGAAAAUGUAAAUAUUGUGACUACCCAGGACGGUCGGUUAUUGCACUCUUUUGAUUUGCCUAAAACUGCUUUAUUGGCAUUCUCUCCUCAAAGCAACAUUUUGACAACUUGGCAACCUUAUAUUACAACCAAAAAUAAUCCACAUGGAGACCCAAAUCUGCAGCUUUGGAAUCUUAAAUCUGGACAAUGUCUCAAGUCACUUUUCCAAAAGAAAAUGCAAGGCUGGUGUCCUUGUUGGUCGGAUGAUGAAAGUUUAUGCGCACGAAAUGUAAACAACGAGGUGCAGUUUUUUGAGGGCAACGAAUUUGAUAAAAUAGUGAACAAACUCCAUUUGCAGAAAGUAUCAGAUUUUGCAUUGUCGCCUGGACCUCAGCCCUGCAAGGUUGCUGUGUAUGUGCCUGGAUCGAAGGGUGCACCAUCCUUUGUUCGAUUGUACCAGUAUCCAAAUUUUGAUGGCCCAUCUUCUGCCUUGGCAAAUAAAAGUUUUUUUAAAGCUGACAAAGUGACAAUGCUUUGGAAUAAGAAAGGGACUGCUUUGUUGGUGAUCGCCAGUACGGAUGUAGACAAGUCUGGAGCAUCGUAUUAUGGCGAACAAACCCUGCACUAUAUCGCAUCCAAUGGAGAAAGUGCAUUAGUGCAGCUGCCAAAAAAUGGACCGAUUUAUGACGUGGUGUGGAAUCCAAAUUCAGUUGAAUUUUGUGCCGUGUAUGGUUUCAUGCCUGCCAAAGUGACAGUCUUCAACCAGAAGUGUGACCCAGUCUUUGACUUUGGUACAGGCCCUCGUAAUGCAGCUUACUACAGCCCUCAAGGGCACAUCCUGGUGUUAGCAGGCUUUGGAAACCUCCGAGGACAGAUGGAAGUCUGGGAUGUAAAAAAAUACAAACAGAUUUCGAAGCCACAAGCUGCUGACACAACCUGUUUCUCGUGGUGCCCGGAUGGUGAGCACAUUGUGACAGCGACUUGUGCGCCAAGACUACGGGUUAGCAAUGGCUUUAAGAUCUGGCAUUACAGCGGUGCAGUUCGACACAUAAUCGAAAUACCAUCAAACUCUGAACUCUGGGAAGUCCAGUGGCAGCCGUUUGUAGAUGGUGCUUUCCCAGAGAAGCCCAUCAGAUACCAUACGGUUCCCAAUGAUGUUCCUAGUAUUGAUGUCAAACCAGCACAGGCCUACAGACCGCCUGCACUAAGAAACAAGCCAAUAACCAGCACAAAACUGCAUGAAGAAGAACCCCCUCAGAACAUGAAACCGCAAUCUACAGAUAAACUGUCAAAAGCGGCUCUCAAAAAUCAAAAGAAAAGGGAGGCAAGGAAGGCAUCAAAGCAGGAGAGCAGAUCUGACAUCAUUCAGGAAACACCAAUUGAUCCUGAACCUAGAGCAGUCCCCUGUCCUGAGAGUCAUGGAGACCCUGAAAUGGAGAAAAAAAUUAAGAACAUCAAAAAAAAACUUAAAGCAAUUGAACAGCUGAAAGAACAAGAAGCUUCUGGCAAGCAACUGGAAAAGAAUCAGUUGGAAAAAAUGCAGAAAGAGGAAGCACUUUUAAAGGAACUAGAGGAUCUGGAACUAGGUCUGUAAAGAGGAUUGCAAUACCUGGCUUCACAUAAACAUGGAAAAUUAUUUCAUUAUGAAAUUUAAGUGAUUAAAAAAAUCUAUAUUCUAUGCAAUGUAAACGAUUUGGAUAGUGUUAAAUGAACGUGUAUUCGGAUAAGCGAAUAAAAAAAUGCUCUACUGUCAA